UAUUACACAAUACUUCGCUUCUGAACCGCAUAUCGCUUUGAGAUAAGAAACUACAUCAUUUAAUGGUUUCGGGCGUUAAUUCCCUGGAAUCAUAACGGCGGAGGGCAGCAGCGGGUAAAACUAUGGGAAAGGAGGAGGCGCGUCUGAGAUGUGAUCCAGACCCCAUAAAGCGCGCUACCGCGGAGAGGAAAGAGAAGGGUGAACAGCACGAAUGAGCGAUAUCCGUUAAACGUCUUUAAAAAGAAAGAUGAAGAUUAUCCUCUGUACUUUCCUGCUGUGCAGUACAGUGAGUGUGUUCGGCGAGUCUCAGGAGCUGAACGGCAUUGUGGGAAAGAGCAUAGAGUUCAAAUAUGCAGUGAAAACCAACGGGGGUUUGAUGUACAGCAGUGUCACCAUUGGAGACGUCCAUGACAGUAGCUUUACGUCCAGUAUUGAAAAGUACAAGGGCAGGGUGCACUGGGACAGCAGCACUGGACUCUUCUCCCUCUCUGGGCUGAGGCUGAAUGACUCUGGAGUCUACAAUGUGCAAAAUGACGGGCAGAAAUCAGUCUCUACUUUCAGCCUGACUGUGUGGAAGGACAACGUUCCUGUAUCAAAGCCCCAUGUCAGCAUCACUCAUAAUGAAUACCCCUGCACUAUAGAGUGCACUGCAGAGAGAGGGACAGGAGCGACCCUGUCCUGGUACAGAGAGGGUCAGAAGAAGCCCUACGUCUCCUCACGUGUGGCAAGUGCUCCACAUCUGCAUCUGCCUGAGACUGUGGAGAGGAGCAGUACAUACACCUGUGAGGCCAAGAACUCAGUCAGCAGAGAGACAUCAGACCCUCUCACUGUGGGGGCCCACUGCACAGAUGGAGCUGCGGGUAUCUGGCAGACAGAGGGGUCUAAGAUGUGGAGCCUGUGCCUGGUGCUGAUUGUGAUGCUGUGCAGUCACCUGGUUUGAGCCUGCUGAGUGAGAAUGAACUUUGACCUCUGGAUGGGUGGGAAUUUCAGGUCUUAAGCUCGAAGGUCAACAGUCACAGAGGGUCCUCAUAGGUUUUUUCCAGUUUCUCUUCUGCAGAUGAGUCAGUUCUGCAGGAAAUUCUGCUGUUUUGCCGCUGUUCUCCCAGUCCUAGUCAUCCUCUGUCUCAGGCUGUUCUCUCUGUCUCAGUCAUCCUCUGUCUCAGGCUGUUCUCUCAGUCUCAGUCAUCCUCUGUCUCAGGCUGUUCUCUCAGUCCCAGUCAUGAACUGAAAUGAAUUGUUAAUUGUUUUUAAUUGGGCAGCUUUAAUGUCUUCCCCACUUUAUGUAAUAGCUGUGCAUACCAUGAAGAAUAAAUGUUCCCCAUUCAUGUCUCAAUAUACUUAAUCUUUCAGAUGAACUAAAAUGGUAACUUUAGAAAGAGGCUCCAUUUAUAAUAGAUGAAUUUACAGUGUACAGUGUUGGCAUGUGAAGUCAAAAUCCAUGCCAACACAAAUGAGACAAACCGGCACCUCACCUGUACACGCCUGUACACACCUGUACUCACCUGCGUUAAUACGUUUAAAGAAACGGUUAUGUAAAUACUGAAACACAGGUUUUCAGAAAGAUCAAGCAAUUAGUGAUAGGCCUGGGGGCGUAGGCCGUGGGGGGUGGGGUGUGGGGGGUGACAGGCCAAGAUUGAGAAAUGUCUUAUUGUGCAUUUAUAAUGCUUUUUCAAAUACCACUCAAUCACAGAUAAUUGUCACAUGAUAGAAGACUAUUUCAAUGCUACUGGAUGAAAUUGUUCUGAAAUUCAUAAAUUGUUGCCUGUAGAGCUCUGUAUUAUUCCAUAUGACCUUUAUGAAGCUGUUUGUACUAGAUUUGCUGCCAAAGACAUGUAUGAGUGUAUCUCUGUCCACCAUCAUGUGACAACCUGUUCCAUUGCCUGUUUAAUUCAGUGUUUCUAAUGAUAACAGCCUUUUUAUAGUUUAAUUCAGUGUCAUAUCAGUACCUGUCUGUCUACAGGUGUAAGACACCUGUGUGUCACAUGACCGACACACCUGGAGCAGCUGUACUGUGCUGUCUCUCAGGUGUUUUAAUUCAGAACCAUCAGAGUGGGGAUUCAGACAUAAGACAUAAGACUUUUAUUUGCCAUUUGCUCAGGUACAGAUGUACAAGGGCAUUGGAAUUCUUGUGCGGAUCUUUCAGUCAAGUAAGAGAGUACCGCGACGUCACACUGUGGGGAGCGCCAUCUCCUUAAUACUACUGAAUUUUAUUACGUAUUUUAAGGAACUCGUUGAAACUUUUCAGUUGUGUCUGUGUGUUACAUACAGUGAUUAUGGUCAUAUAUUUCAAUUGUGAUAAUGGUCACAUUUAUAAUUGGCUCAUGUUCAAAUAAAAGAAUGUUUAUGAGUGUG